AUGUCAGUGGGAAUUUCACUAUCACAAUUCAUCUCCGACAACCCCGAUCCGCUGUCGAGUGGGAUUCCCGAGCUCGACCAAGCACUCAACAAUGGCUUCCAAACAAGGUCCAUCUACGAAGUGUACGGCCCCCCAGGUAUCGGAAAAACCCGCUUCGGCCUGCAACUGCUGGAACACACGGACCCCCGCGACAGACUGCUAUGGAUAGAGACGUUCAAGCCGAUGCCCGGCGUCGCGCCAGCGACGCUGGCCGCUGGCCGCAAGAUCGAAAAGGUCAAAAUAACGACCUUCACGGAGCUCUUCUUCUUCAUCAACGCGCUCGACACAAGCUACAGACUGCUGGUGAUGGACGGGAUGUCCCAAUUGGUGUGCAACCACCUGUACGUGUUGCAGAAGAGAGCAAAAAGGUCCCCUGCCCACAGCUCCAACCCAUCCUCAACCGCCUCGUGGAAGCUUCACGAGAUGAAAUGCAAACAUCUCGUGCAACUGUUCACCUCCAUGACAAAAUACGCAAACCAGCACAACACCACCAUCAUCCUGCUGAACGACUGCAUGAACACUUCGUUCACCAACGACGACGUGAACACGGGCAUCCACGAGGACGGCCUUGAUGUUAUAGCAGAUAAAACUAAUUUUUACGUCAUUUCUGCAGCAAAGCGGAGAAAUGUACAGAUUCUGAAAAGCUCUUUGCUCGCGAGCAGCGUUGCUAUGGGGAAGAGAGACGCCAAAUGGGAGAUCUUUCUCAAAAAGAAGAUCGGCCUCUUCUGGGGGUGGCAAACAACCGCACCCCUCGCCACAGGCACAGACCACACAACAAAAGCGGAAACAGCUGCAACCACAGGCGCAACUGCCAGCACCAGCACCAAGCCCAGAAAAUGCCGCCUCGUCAUAGUAAACACUGGCAAACGCUCGCGGCACGAUGCAGACAACGGCGAUAGCGAGAGGGGUUCGCUGCAGCGAAUCUGCACGGAGUUUGACCAAAACGGACGUCUUCGGUCACUCAACGCACAGAACAGCAGCCAGGUUCCCAAAACGGACACUGCCAGCGACGAAUUCGUCUUCGAUAGUCAGUCCAGUGUUGUUUAA